GUGUGUGUGUGUGUGUGUGUGUGUGUGUGUGUGUGUGUGUGUGUGUGUGUGUGUUCUACUUGUAAAAAAACAGUUUGAACUUUAGACUUUUUCAAAAUGAGAUCAUUUGCUUUGGUCUGUAUGUUUUAUUGAAUCAGCAAGGAUAGAUAUACAAUUGAGGGAUUGGGGUAAUAAAUGUAGUCAACGGUCAUUUUGAGGCUGGACAAUGUGUGUUAGGCAGUAAAAAUGCAUUUGUACUGUGAAUGUUAUUUUCUGUGUCACAUUUGUUGAACAUUGUUUUUGUGGGUGUUCGAUCUAAACCCUGCUCGUCUAAACAACACUCACUAUUACAGCAGGCAACAGGAGUUCAUGUUAUAUCUCAAGUCCCCCUCCAAAACAUAUUCUUUUUCUUGACAAGCAGCAUUUAUUUGAACCACACAGUAAUGCCUUUUAUUUAUUAAGUUUGGUAAAUAAACUCAAAUAUUAGCGUUUAGUUUAUAAAAAUGACCCAAACCGACACACAGUGAUAGCAGAGGAUAUUUUGUUUUGCUUGUAUUUUUCCUGACUCCUGUUCCCACCACUAUUGUUUUCCCUAAUUUCUUAAUUUGAACCAUCACCUCACCUCACCUAAAUACUACAUUUGUGUUGACAUAAGAGUCGGAAAAGGAAACAUUUUGUUGCAAGAUUGCAUGUGUGUGUGUGUGUGUGUGUGUGUGUGUGAGAGAGAGAAUGUGUAGGCUUAUUGGUCAUUCCUCACUUCUGAACAUGACUUGGUUUUAGGGAUGAUAAUAGACUGGCUUUGGGAAAGGCCAAGGGUUUGCGUUAGACAUGUAGUUGUGGUCCUUAGGGAAUGCAUAAUGUCAAUAGAACUUCUCACAAGUACAAACAAAUAUAUCUAUGUGUAUGUGUGGCCUACAGUCUGUGUCACUGUUGAGUUCCUCUGAUCUCACUUGCUUUCCAGGUAAGCCUUGCUUUCUGUCUCAACAUGUUUGCGCCUGUUUUGGUUGGUGCUAACAGCAUCACCAUGCGUAAGUGGUUACACAUGAUGAAACAGUCCUUGCCUACUGUAAUCUGAAUGCAAACAGGUUAAGGAAUUUGCCUGGAAACGAAAUGUUUCCUGUCUUGUUCAACACAUCUUGAGCUUGACGAUAACUGAAAGGAAGGGUGAGGUUCAGUUAAUUCAUGGCGACCUUUACAGCUCUACUUUAAACCGUUUCACUCACAGACUUCUAUAAUAAAGCAGGGGUUAUGCAAUUGGCGCCAGCUGUCAUUAAUGUAGUUGUCAAUUAAUAUCAAUGGUGGUUGUUUACUUCACCAUCAGACAUAUCGCAGCUGUUCUCAUACAUUCUAGCUGUGCGAGGCAUGUGAAGACACUGUAAAACAAGUAAAGAUGUGUGGAAAUCACAUGUGGUUUCAUUCUUGCUUCACUGCAGCUGCAUUGCUUUCGAGGAAAGGCUUGAUGAAUAUGAUAAUUCCACAGAACCUGACACAGAAUGCUGGCAUUGCAUGAUGCAGCUCAUCCAGACACAGUUAGUGGUUGGAUUUCCACUCCAGUAUCAACACUUCAUGAGCCUUUCAUGGUUCAAUUGUGUCUACUAAAGUAUAGAAGCUGUUUACGUCUCUUAUUUUGUGUUAACUUUAGAAUUUCCCUUUUCAUAAAAAUAGAUGGUUGAGUACAGAACACACAGUGACUCGAUACAUAGCAUGUGUCUGGUUCAGACAGCCCCUAGAUAAUGUUUCAAAGGAGGGUAGAAUCACUGUGAACUUUGGUUGUUUGCUCAGUGACAUCGUCAAACAAUUACAGAAUACUUUGCUAUGUGUGUGUGUGUGUGUGUACAUAAUGUUGGAGGCUUUAAUCAUUCAGAUCUCCAGUAGAGGAAAGUUUGCAAAAGAUAAGAGAUAUUAAAAAAAAGUUGACAGUAAUUCUCGUGAUUGGAUGUGCGUAUCUUCUGCAUGUGAGCAGCAGGGGAAAUAACUGAAUGGAUCUAUGAAUGGGUCUACACAUUUGCAGGCAAGUCAUGUUUUAGGGUCUGCACACCCUCACACACACACAUCAGCCCAUCGACAAACCCUAUUCUUCCAACAAACACACACACACACACACACACUCGCAGACACACACAGCCUCAGACAAAAGAAGGGGAUUCCAAUCCGUCACAGAGAUGACAUCACAGCCUGCCAGUAAUAAAAACAGCUAAACAAGGGAGUCCCCACUUCCCCUCCCUCGUACACAUCCCACAGAAUGAACAGAGAGAGAGAGUCGAGUUGAGGCAAGUCACUCUCACAAGUUCACAGAAAGAGAGGGAGGGUAAGAGAGAGAGAGUCCCUUUUAAGGGGUUCACAUAAACACUUGAGUGCGCUGACACACGCACAAACACACUUAGCUCCGUCUCCAUAGUGAUCUGCGAUAGUGCCCCGGCUUUGGGAGGAAAUGCCAAACUCCGUGCUUAAAGGCCGCUCCACCAGAAAGACACACACACACACACACGACUAUUAUAACCGUCUGUCCGGUCAUGAAGGGAAAACCUCUUCUCUCUUUCUCUUAUCACUCUGCUACCUCCCUCGGUCCAUUCUCCCGUCUCCUUUCCACUUUCACUCUCUUUUUUCUCUCAUCCCUCCCCCACUCUCUCUCCCUCUUUCUCUCUCUCUCUCUCCACAAUUCUCCCGCUCCCCUGUCAGUGUUAAUUUCAUUGAAGUAGACAACAGAGAGAUGAAAGAGAUGAACCCCUGGCACACGCCUGUGACCAUCAUCAUCACUGUGAUUGGUGUCAUGGCGAUUGUUGCCUUGGUGACAGUAGCAGUUUUGCAGAACAGGCCCCUCCCCCAAAAGUACAAGUAUGGGAUCGUGAUGGACGCCGGCUCCUCCCACACUGCUCUGUAUAUCUACGAGUGGCCAGCUGAGAAGGAUAACAACACGGGAAGAGUUGAACAGACACAUCUCUGCAAGGUCAAAGGUCCAGGUAUCUCCAGCUAUGCGUCUGCUCCAGUAAAGGCGGGAGAGUCUCUGAGAUUAUGCAUGGAGGAGGCCAAGCAGUGGGUGCCCGGAAAAAGACACCACCAGACCCCUCUUUAUCUGGGGGCCACAGCUGGAAUGAGAUUGCUAAAUAUGGCGAAUAGCUCGGCAUCAGACAAGGUCUUUCAAGCUGUGGAGGGCGCCCUGCAGAAGUUCCCCUUCUCUUAUCAGGGAGCGAAAAUCAUCAGCGGCCAGGAUGAGGGGGCUUUCGGCUGGAUCACGGUCAACUACUUGGAUGAACGCCUGAAACAGGGUUUGGAAACUAGAGGCGCCCUUGACCUCGGUGGAGCCUCUACCCAGAUUAGCUUUGUUUCCGAUAAUUAUGACGGUUCAGAAUCACCUAGCAACUCGGUGACUUUCCGUCUCUAUGGAAAUGACUACAACCUGUAUACCCACAGCUUCCUGUGUUAUGGGAAAGACCAAUCCCUAAGAAUGAUGCAAGCACACCAGUCUCAAGCAGGUCCAGCAACAGUAUUAGAUCCUUGUUUCCACCCUGGCUACACCGCGACAAAGAACUACUCGGUCCUCUACGACAGCCCCUGUGUGUCAGACAGGAAACCCAAAGAUGCUCCUGAUACCUUCACUCACAUCGGGAUAGGAGACUUCCUGCAAUGCCAGGCAGCCGUAAAAAGUGUCUUCAACUUUACAUCCUGCAAAUACAGCCGAUGCUCUUUCAAUGGGGUCUUACAGCCACUUUUGCAGGGGCCAUAUGGGGCUUUCUCAGCUUACUACUUUGUGAUGAACUUCCUAAAUCUGACUGAUACAUCCGUCCCACUGGAAGAUGUCAAGGAAAAGCUAAAACGCUACUGCGCUACCAAUUGGGAUCAGAUAAUGCAGCAGCAUCCAGAGGUAAAGUUAAAGUAUCUGGCUGAGUACUGUUUCUCUGGCACGUACAUCCUAACCCUGUUGACGGAAGGUUACAACUUCACCUCAGAGAGCUACUCCGACAUAAAAUUCAUUAAAAAGAUAAAAGGCAGCGAUGCAGGCUGGACGCUGGGCUACAUGUUGAAUCUGACAAAUAUGAUUCCAGCAGAGGCGCCUGACACCCCCCUUCUGCCCCACCCGGGCUACGUCUCAGUAGUUUCCGUCAUUGCAGUGCUUCUAUUCAUCCUCUUCAUCGUCAGCCUGCGUCCUCUCUGGCCCCGCUGCUCCAAACAACCACAGAUUGUAUAAACACGAGAGACGGUGAGAGAGGGAAUGUCUAGUGGGCUUUUGAGUGUGUCCCCGUUGGCUUUUAUGCCAGUUUGGGAAAAGGAUAGUCAACUCUACACUUUACUGCUUCCCCGGGGAGGUCAAAGGUCAACCCCUGCUGCACGUCAACAGUCCUGCAGCUCAUGUGGAUUCAAGGACAUUUCAGAAGGACAAAUACUUUCUGUACACUUUAUAAAGAGUGCGUUUUGGUUCUCUGGUUGAAGGACAGUUUAUGUGUUUGUGUGUGAGUGUGUUUGUUGAAUUUGAAUGGGCGUGCGAGUGUUUGUGAACCCAUCGGUCUGCAUGUGUCUUGAAAUAUGAUGUGAAUAAAUAAAAUAUCCCAAAUGUAUAUAAAA